AUGUUCGUCAAAAGAUCUCACAGCAAUGCCGAGAGCUUCUCAAAGUAUCGAGCUGGCAAGUCCUCAAGCCGGUCGACCAAGAGAUCCUUCAGAGACCCUUCAGUCAGCACGUCGAGACGGUCAGAGGCUGCUCGCCAUGCAGACUCAUCGCCAGUUGCAGAAAGUCUCAAUUCUGCCAUUGUCACCAUCUGCGUCGGCCCUGACCAGCGCCUCUUCGCUGCCCAUGAAGAUGUGCUUUGUGUCUCGCCGUUCUUCUCUGCCUGCUGCCGUGGCCAGUUCCUUGAAUCACACACCAAACGCAUAAACUUGCCGGGUGAACAGCCAGAGAUACUCUCGUCCGUCCUCGAGUACCUCUACAAGGGCGACUACUACCCUCGUUUGAUGCAUAACAAGCGUCGAGACACCUGGCUGCUUGAGGAUACCGAUGCCACAAACCCAAGAUCAUCUCCAGAGUCGACCAUCAUCAACCAGGCAGAUGGUACUCUGAUCCUAAAAGAUACAGCCAUCUACUGUGCUGCUGAACGAUAUGGUCUAGAUGAGCUGAAGCGGCUCUCUCUUCGAAAGCAGGGUCUCCAGACAGCUAUCCAAUGCAGCACAAUCCUCUCCAGUGCACGGUAUGCAUAUGCAAACACCCCUGAUAACGACUCGAAGCUUAGAGCCCAUUAUCUUGCCCUGAUAAUCCGCUCGAGGUCUACCUUCAAGCGUAGUGGUACCAUGCAACUGGAGAUGGAAGAGGGAGGGAAGCUGUUCUUCGACCUCUUCGUUGCCAUGUGUAACCAUAUGGAUGACCUCUCCAGUGCCUCAAAGUCACCUUUCUCUCGUUAG